AUGUUUCGAGGCAAGAAUCUUCGCGUGGCCCAGGCGCUUCUCAUUGUUGCGCCUGCUUUUAUUAUUUUCGGAUAUAACCAGUCUGGCUUGGGGCCUUUGGCCACACUGCAGAGCUGGGUUGAGGUCUUCCCUGAGAUUGAUACCAUCAACACAACAGGUGCGGUGAAGUCAACUAACUCGACUGCAAAGGGUGCUGUCAUUGCUUCUUUCCAGUUGGGUGCUCUGAUCGGAGCUUUGUCCUGUACAGGUCUCGGUGAUCGUCUUGGUCGACGUUGGACUAUCUUCCUUGGUGGCGUCUUGACCGUCAUUGGACAGGUGCUCCAGGUUGCUGCUUUUGGUCUUCCGCAAUUCGUCGUCGGUCGAGUCAUCCUUGGUCUGGGUGUUGGGCAACUGAGUGUUGCCGUCCCUGUCUGGCAGUCCGAGUGUACAUCUGCCAAACAUCGAGGCCAACAUGUCAUCGUCGAUGGUAUCUGUAUCUGCUUGGGUUAUGCUUUGUGUAAUUGGAUCGAUUUCGGUCUAAGCAAGAUCGAUGGCAGCCUGCAAUGGCGUCUUCCUCUCGUUGUCUCAUUCCUCUUCUCUAUCAUCCUCCUGGCCUCAGUCUUCCUGCUCCCAGAGUCUCCCCGUUGGCUCAUGACCGUUGGCCGUGUCGAAGCAGCAACCCGCAGUCUCGCCGCAUACAAGGGUCUCUCCGACGACGACGAAGCCGUCCGCGCUGAAAUUUCCGGCAUCGAGACCUCUCUCGAAGUCUCCGUCGACAGUGCCUCCCUCUUCGACCUCUUCAACCCAAACAAAGUCGACGAUGAGCGCCUCCUCUAUCGCUUCUGUAUCUGCAUCUCCCUCCAAUUCUUCCAACAAAUGUGCGGAGGCAACCUCAUCUCCACCUACGUCUCCACCAUCUUCGAAGAGAACCUUCACAUGACAAGCGACCUAUCCCGCAUCCUAGCCUCCUGCGCCAUGACCUGGAAAUUCAUGUGUAGCUUUAUCGCCUUCUUCGCCAUCGACCGACUCGGCCGCCGAAAGAUCUUCAUGAUCAGCGGUGCAGGCAUGUCAGUCUGCAUGAUGGUCCUCGCCAUCACGACCAGCUUCGGCGAUAACCACACCGCCUCAGUCGUCUCGGCUGUCUUCAUCUUCCUUUUCAACUCCUUCUACCCUGUCGGGUUCCUCGGCGGAAACUUCCUCUACUGCACCGAAGUCGCGCCUAUGCGUCUUCGCGUCGCUAUGUCCGCCGUUUCAACAGCAAACCACUGGCUGUGGAACUUUGUGGUCGUUAUGAUCACUCCCGUCGCUCUGGACUCCAUUGGAUAUCAAUAUUAUAUCAUGUAUGCUGUCAUUUCAGCAUGCAUUCCUUUCGUGGUGUACUUCUUCUACCCGGAGACUAUGAACCGGAACCUCGAGGCUUUAAAUCAUGUCUUCCGGGAUGCGCCGACGCCGUGGUCGAUUGUUUCCAUGGCGCGCCAUCUACCUCAGGGUGAAGCUGCAGAGGUCGAUGUUUGGAUGAAGACAGAAGAGAAGGCAGGUGUUGAGCAGAAGGAGGAUAUUUAA